UCGCGCCGCGCCGCCCCCGCCCUCCCCCAGGUCUCUUAGGUGAUGCUGCAGCCAAGAUGGCGUCGGCGGCGGUCACGGCGGCUUAAGCGUGAUGCUUCGGGUCCUCGGUGGCGGCGGCGGCGGCGGCAGCGGCAGCGGCGGCCUUGGCCGCGGCCUGGCGUCUCUCCCGUGCGUGAGCGCUCAGGCGCCUGUCCUCCGGCCGGGUUAGCCCGGACAGAGCGGAGACGGCCACGGAGACAGGAGGCGGUGAGGAACAGAGCGAAAGCGCGGCGCCUCCCGCCUGGGCACCAUGGCUGGGAUCAUCAAGAAGCAGAUCCUGAAGCACCUCUCCAGAUUUACCAAAAAUUUGUCUCCUGAUAAGAUCAAUCUAAGUACCCUUAAAGGAGAAGGUGAACUGAAGAAUUUGGAGUUGGAUGAAGAGGUGCUCCAGAACAUGUUGGAUUUGCCGACGUGGCUUGCUAUCAACAAAGUGUUCUGUAAUAAAGCAUCCAUCAGGAUCCCAUGGACAAAACUGAAAACACAUCCUAUCUGUUUGUCCCUAGAUAAAGUAAUAAUGGAAAUGAGUACAUGUGAAGAACCACGAGCCCCUAAUGGCCCAUCACCUAUUGCAACUGCUUCAGGACAAAGUGAAUAUGGUUUUGCUGAAAAAGUAGUUGAGGGAAUUACUGUUUCUGUAAAUUCCAUUGUCAUCAGAAUUGGAGCAAAAGCCUUCAAUGCAUCAUUUGAACUUUCUCAGCUACGGAUCUAUAGUGUAAAUGCAAACUGGGAACAUGGAGAUUUAAGAUUUACUCGUAUUCAAGAUCCCCAGAGAGGAGAGGUUUUGACAUUUAAGGAAAUAAAUUGGCAGAUGAUACGAAUAGAGGCAGAUGCUACCCAAAGUUCACAUCUUGAAUUUAUGUGUGCUCCUGUUCGAUUAAUAACCAACCAAUCCAAAAUCAGAGUCACACUUAAAAGAAGAUUAAAGGACUGCAAUGUCAUAGCAACAAAGUUAGUUCUAACAUUGGAUGACUUAUUAUGGGUUUUAACGGAUUCCCAGUUAAAGGCUAUGGUACAAUAUGCAAAAUCUCUUAGUGAAGCUAUAGAAAAAUCAACAGAACAAAGGAAGAGUAUGGCUCCUGAACCCACACAGCCAGAGUCAAACAGACGUAUUACUGGAGGGGCUAUGCAGCUCUCUUUUACACAGCUAACUAUAGAUUAUUAUCCCUAUCAUAAAGCAGGAGAUAGUUGUAGUCAUUGGAUGUAUUUUAGUGAUGCAACGAAAACAAAAAAUGGAUGGGCCAACGAGUUGUUGCAUGAAUUUGAGUGCAACGUUGAAAUGCUUAAACAAGCUGUGAAGGAUCAUAAUGUAGGUUCACCUCCUAAAUCCCCAACGCAUGCCUCUCCCCAGCACACACAAACAGGCCAGCAUAGGUUAAUGAACCAAAGUACUUUUAAGAUUAAUAUAACCAGUAACAGUAAUACCCAGCUUGUUAUUCCUUCUGAAAUGAAAUCGGAAUGUCAUCAAGAUCAGCCACGUGCAAUUUCUAUUCAGAGUUCUGAAAUGAUUGCCACAAAUACAAGGCAUUGUCCAAACUGUCGACAUUCUGAUCUAGAAGCUUUGUUUCAAGACUUCAAAGAUUGUGAUUUUUUUAGUAAAACAUAUACCAGCUUCCCCAAAUCUUGUGACAAUUUUAAUCUUCUACAUCCAAUCUUCCAGAGACAUGCUCAUGAACAAGAUACCAAAAUGCAUGAAGUUUAUAAAGGAAAUAUUAUUCCCAAAUUGAAUAAACAUACUCUUAAAACUUCUGCUGCCAUGGAUGUGUGGGCUGUGUACUUUUCUCAAUUUUGGAUAGAUUAUGAAGGGAUGAAAAGUGGAAAAGGACGGCCAGUAAGCUUUGUAGACUCUUUCCCUCUUUCUGUCUGGAUUUGUCAACCAACAAGAUAUACAGAGUCACAAAAAGAGCUGCAGACUUGUGAUCAAGUAUCUCUAAAUACAUCACAAAGUGAAUCUAGUGAUCUGUCUGGCCGGUUGAAGCGGAAAAAGCUCCUGAAGGAGUAUUAUAGUACAGAGUCUGAACCCUUCACAAAUGGUGGUCAGAAACCUUCAUCAGAUACGUUUUUAAGAUUUUCCUCUUCAUCAUCAGAAGCAGAUAUUCAUGUCCUUGUUCACGUUCAUAAACAUGUCAGUUUGCAAAUCAAUCACUACCAGUAUCUGCUCCUGCUUUUCCUCCAUGAUUCACUUAUUUUGCUUUUAGAGAACUUAAGGAAAGAUGUAGAAGCUGUAACUGGCAAUCCUGCUAAUCAAACAUCUGUUUGCAUUGGAUUUUUACUUAGAAGUGCAGAACUGGCUCUUUUGUUACAUCCAGUGGAUCAGGCCAACAGGAUCAAGUCUCCUGUUUCUGAAAGUGUGAGUCCAGUGGUUCCUGAUUAUUUGCCUACUGAAAAUGGAGAAGUUUUAUCUUCAAAAAGGAAACAAGUUAGUGGUAUAAAUCGAAUUAGAAGUGUAACUGUUAAUCAUAUGUCAGACAACAGAUCUAUGAGUGUUGACCUUAGCCAUGUCCCUUUAAAGGAUCCUUUGCUUUUUAAAUCAGCUAGUGAUACAAAUCUGCAAACAGGCAUUUCUUUUCUGGACUAUUUAUCAGACAAACAUUUAGGGAAAAUAAGUGAAGAUGAAAGUAGUGGACUUGUUUACAAAAGUGGCUCAGGAGAAACUGGAUCAGAAAUAAGCGACAAGAAGGAUUCUUCUUGCAGAGAUUCAAAUAGUAUCUUAAAUAACAGAGAAGAUUCAAAUAUGCUGUCAUUUGAUAAUGAUGGUAAUCCAAACAUAUUUUCAAAUAGUUUAACUAGUAAAGGAAAUGAAACCAUAGAGUCAAUCUUUAAAGCUGCAAAUUUGCUUCCAGAAGCAUCUUCAGUCUCUGAGAACCUAGAAAUCAGUAAAGAAGAGACACCCACAGUUAUGACACUUAAGUCCCAUGAUAUUUUUCAGGAGCUCCAAAAAGUUAUCAUUUUCAUAUGCUCAUUUUCCUUAGGUUCGGAUCAGAAAACUGUAAUUCAUUGCACAUCUUCUCCUGAGAUUUCUCUGAGGUUUGUAAGUGGGCCUGGUGCUUCAGUACACUCGUUGCUUGCAGAAAAAAAUGGAUUCCUGCAAUGCCAUAUAGAAAACUUCAGCACUGAGUUUCUUGUAUCUUCUCUUAUGAAUAUUCAACAUUUUUUGGAAGAUGAAACUGUUGCAACAGUAAUGCCAAUGAAGAUACAAGUUUCUAACACAAAAAUAAAUUUAAAAUCAGAUUCUCAUAUGCUUAACACUGAAAAUGAUUUGAAAGAAAAUGUCAAAAGUGAUUCAGUGGAACUGACCAGCGGAAAGUAUGAUCUGAAGAAACAGCGCAGUGUUACUCAAGCCACUCAGACAAGUCCAGAAGUUCCGUGGCCUCCUCAGUCAGUUAACUUUCCUGAAUGCUCCUUUGACUUUUCUAGGGAACAGCUCAUGGAAGAGAAUGAAUCUCUUAAACAGGAACUGGCUAAAGCUAAAAUGGCUCUUGCAGAGGCUCACUUGGAAAAAGAUGCUCUUCUCCAUCAUAUAAAGAAGAUGACAGUUGAAUAACAGGAGUGGCAGUCAAGAUUCAAAUUAUAGCUCUGGAGUAGGAAGGUUAUAUUUAUAAUGUGGAUGUUACCAAGUAGUGGGAAACUUUCAUUUUCAUAAAAAGACAAUAAAAUGAAAUGAAGUGUGAACAAGCGUUGACUAGUCCAAAGCCAGUUUAGAAAGUAUGAGGUACAAGCAUUACAAUCUUUUGAUUGUUUUGUGUUUGGGGGUUCAGCCCUCUUUUAAGCUGGUGUGAUCUAGGGAAGUCAAUACGUUCUGUAAAAUAAUUACAUGCCUAAUGAAAAAAAGAUGUCAUUUCCUAAUUUUGAUAUCUCAUUAUAGGCAUUUUUUAAAAAGAAAAAUGAAAACCUAUUGCCCAUACAAGAUGGCUGAAUUUACUUCUUACUAUUUCUUAAUAAUUUACUUUUAUUUACAAAGAUUCAAAUGCUUUUAGAGGUAAUGUAAAAUAAAAAGAGGCUUACAUUGUAAAUGUUAUUAAAAUUAUGUACUUAAAUCUAUAAUUAUUUAAUUGUAAAAAGUCCAAGAAGAUUAAUAAAUUAUAUAAUUAAUGGAUUUGAAAACUCUGGAAAAUCUUCACCCUACUGAAAUUA